AUGGAACCCUUCCUGAAGGCUCCAGAGGUUGAUGAUGACUACAAGAUUAUCACCAAUUCCCGUCAAAGAACUUACAAGAAUGAGGAUAAGAAGUUAGCGCAGCUGGAUACAACCACCAGACGUACUUUCUUCGGAUCAGCCAGAUCAAGGGCUAUCAACGAAACUCUCAUCUUGAAGUUCAAGAAUUCCUCGGCCGAAGAAGCCCGGAUGAUAUACUCCGCUCUACUUAUGCAGAAGAGAGACCAUCAAUUCAUGUCGGAGCACCUAGCACCUACCUCAGCGGCGGAGGAGCAGAGCCAGCACAGGGCCGAUUACGAGAAAGCUGUGGCUGAGCUCCAGGUGACCAAGUCCAGUCUACAGGAGGUCCAGCUGGAGUGUGAGACAAGUCAGAAGACAAACAAGGAUCUCAUACAGUCGCUCAACAAGGCCAAGGGUAAUGCUGAGAAUGUGAUGGCUGAAUUAGACAAGUCCAGGUGUUCCCUGAGGGAGCUUCAAGCACUGGUGGAUUCUAAAACUGAAGAUGUGAAAGCAAAAAAUGCUCUUCUUCACAAAACACAAGACAAAAUUGACAGCCUUUCACAGCAGGUUACUUUAAAAUCAUCCCAGAUAGAGACCCUACUGAGUCGGUUAUCGGAGACGGAGAGGUCAGAGUCAUCUCUGAGUUCACAGCUGUCUGAAGUAACAGGAUCACACAAGAAAACUGUUGAGCUCUAUCUGGAUCGAAUACAGAAACUAGAGGAAGAGAAGUCUCAAUUAUUGGAAGAGAAGCACAACCUCUUGAGCGAGGUGGACAAACUGAAAGCUGAGAAGCAGGAUCUUACUGCCAACCUUGAGGCGAAGGAACAGCUUCUAGAACAUUUGAAGUUGCAGCAUGAAAGUGAUCUUGUGCGAGAAGGGGUCAAGUUGGAAGAGGUUGAGGAGAAGUACCGUGGGGUUGAGAGCGAGCUCUGUGAUAAGGUGGAGCAGCUGGAGCAGCAGCUGCAGAACAUGGCCAAGAGAAGCGAGGCUGAAGUCACAGCCCGGGAGAAGACACUGACCCAGCUGGAGCAGGCCCUGGAGGCAGUGAAGGCUGAGAAGGUGGAGACUGUGGCACAGCUGACGGAGUACAAGAGGAACCUCAACAUGGUCACCGAGGAGCUCAACGCAGCUAUGGAGGACGUGGCAAAGUUGGCUGCAGAGAAGGAGAGUGAGAGACAGCAUUACGAGGAGAAGCUUGUCAUCGUUAGUCAGGAAGGAGAGCAAGAGAAAGAACAAUGGAAAAAUGUGAGACAGGACCUCCUCCAGAAGCUUCAGGAUACACAGCAACAGGCCAACGAGCUGCAAGAUCUGGUGAAUCGGCUAGAGACAGAGAAGGAGAUUGGUGAGCAGGACCUAAAAGAGAAACUACGAGAUGCCCGGAACGCACUGACUCAGGCUCAGUCCACACUACAGUCCAGUCAGGCCGAGCUGACCACAGAGCUCCAGGACACAAGAAACACACUACUCAAGGCAGAGAACGCACUCAGCAGCCUGAGGGCAGACAUGAUGGAGAAGCAGGGGGAGUUGCAAGGCCACCUGGUGGAGGCUGAAAGGGAGGUAACCCAGCUGAGGGAGGUGAAGAACAGUCAGCAGCAGAUCCUCAAGAAGCUGGAGGCUGAGAAGGAGGCUCUCAAGGAGGAGAGGGACAGAUUGUCGGAGGAGAAGCUGUUUGACACCACCUGCAGCAGUGAGAGAUUUGCUGCCCUGGAGGAGAGGAUGCGCAACGAACGCAAACUGUUCGAGGAGUUCAAGUCUGACCUGGCAUCUCAGCUGACAGAUACUGAAGCAGAAAACACUGCCCUUUCAAAGACCUUUGAAGCGUACAAGACGACCACCGAGGCAGACCUGAGUUCUCUGAAGGAGGCUGUGAAGGAGGGUGAGAAGAGGAAGACUGUCGUCGCUGAUCUGCAGUUGCAGGUGCAGUUGCUACAGACGGAGAAGUCAAAGCUCACAGAAGAUGUACACAGCAUCAACGUCACAUCAACGCAGGCGUUGAAUGACGUGCGGAAAGAGUUGGUGGCAGCAGAGAGUGAAGUUGCCAAGUUGUUGGCUGUUAAGCUGGAGCAAGCCCGGAAAGUGGAGUCCCUACAGCUGAAACAGCAGGCUCUCAGUGAGGAGCGGGACAGGUGCGUGUCGGAGUACAACCUGCUGGCCCAGGACGUGGAACAGAUGCAGGAUCAACAUCAGCAGCAGGUAGAAGUGCUGAGGCAGCAGUUUGAAGAGCAGGACGCAACAGCUGAUGUUGAUGCUCUCACACAAGAAAUACACAAGUGGCAGACUUUGUAUGAAGAGCUCCAGGAGAAGGUUGCACCUUUCAUUGAUCAGAUAGAUGCCUUUGAAGCAGAGAGACAGUAUUUACUAGGUUGUAGUGCCAAUGCCCAGGCGGAGAUCAACAAGCUGAGUACUGAGUAUGCUCAACUACUUGGCCACCAGAAUCAAAACAGAAGAUUAAACAUAUCGUCAAGAUCAAGGAGGAAAACAACUCGCUCAAAAAGGAGGUUGUGCAGUUGCGAGAGCAGGUCCGCAAACAGAAACGGCAGAUGGAGCGACGGAGUGAAGACCGACUCUCCCAGUCUCAGUGCCAUCCCAAGUUCGACCCCUCCAAGGCCUUCCAGCACACGAAGGAGAACAAAACACCAGCAAUGACUCCACUAAAAACAGGAAAUAGACUGUAGGCAGAUGAUCCAGACGUUUGUUCUUCAGUGAAAGCUGUUGUGUAUCUGCAGCUGGGAAUUGUUGGGCCUCUGUGAUGAUUCAUUGAAGGAGGCUUGGGUUGUGGAGACUGAGUCUGCUACA